AUGGGGUUGCCCUGUGGUGGCGUGGUCGGCAAGUGCGCGCGCUGCAUCAUGGGUGGUGUCGUUGAGGUUGAAUGGGGCACCCGGCACCUGGUCAAGAUGGAUGUCCCAACUUACUCGGGACCCUUUACGGCCACACUGAUUCCUGAGGGUCACCACAUCGACGGCCUUUCGUUCCGGUCACCUGAUGUAACUCAGUCACCUGAUGCACCUGAUGCCAUUGCUUUGGCUGCCUCUCUCCGCUCACCAAGAAGAAAUGCGGUGGCUACUGGAAAGCAGCUGUGGCCCGGAGGUGUGAUUCCCUACACUGUGGAUAUGUUUUUCAGACAGGAAGGAAAGAUGAAUCAUGUCAGACAGUGGAUGAACACGGUGGAGUACCUGACCUGCCUGCGAUUUGUUGAGCGCACGUGGGAGGAACACUAUAUCCACAUUUACUCCGGUAUCGGGUGCUACUCCUAUGUCGGUCGCAUUGGAGGCCAGCAAGCUCUUUCACUAGGCCGAGAAUGCCUAUACGAGGGCACAGUCGUCCACGAGCUGUUGCACGCAGCGGGAUUCUACCAUAUGCACUCACGACCAGACAGGGACGAGUAUCUGGAUAUUCUAUGGAACAACAUAGACCCCGAAUACAUCGACCACUUCGAUAAGUACAGCGCCGAAGAUGUUGAUUCGAUGCUGCCAUUCGACACGAAAUCGGUCAUGCUGUAUUCUGCGGAUGCGUUCGCCCUUCAUCCAGGCCUUAUGACUAUGAAGUGCCAGUAA